AAUGCGGAAACGGGUCGAUUUUUUUGAGUCGAUAAAGCAAAACAUUCGGGGGUGGUGAGUGACUCAGUUUUUCGCCUACGCUGUUCGGAUGUGCUGGAGCUGUUUCAUAAGCUGUACCGGAUAAGUCGACAGUUGUUCUCGGGGUUUGGCACGAUGCUGAACGCCGCCGCCGCGGAGAGGAACAAGGAGCCCAUCCUGGCGGUGCUCCGGGAGAGUGUGAACACCGGGAGAGCCCUGCAGGCUCUGGAGAUCUCCUCCGGGACCGGACAGCAUGUCACACACUUCGCUCAGGCCUUGCGGAAUAUAACCUGGCAGCCCUCCGAGUAUGACCGCCAGUCUCUGGCCAGCAUAGAAGCGUACAGAGCUCACUACCAGCUGCCCAAUGUGAAGCCAGCCAUCCACCUGGACGCUUCUCAGCCCCAUCAGUACUGGGGAGGGAUCCAGCCAGAGAGCCUCGACCUGGUGCUCAACAUCAACAUGAUCCACAUUUCCCCCCUGGCUUGUACGGAGGGUUUAUUCAAAGGCGCCGGAGCAGUGUUGAAGCCGCAGGGUCUCCUAAUGACAUAUGGGCCCUACGCAGUGAAUGGUCAGAUCACUCCUCAAAGUAAUGUUGACUUUGACUACAGCCUACGGCAGAGGAACCCAGACUGGGGCCUCAGGGAUAUCUCGCUCCUCAAUUCUAUAGCACAAAGAAAUGGUUUAUUUCUGGAGAAAAUGGUCGACAUGCCAGCAAACAACAAAUGUCUUGUGUUCAGGAAGGAGAGUUUGGUGUAAAGUAUCAUCAUGUACCUUUUCUGAACAAAGAACCGCUUUGGAGCUGGAUGAUGGAAGCGCCUUAACUUAAACGUGAAGCCCAGAUACAUUUUUAAUAAAAUAAUUCGAACAGAGAAUAAUGUUUUCUCCAUAUUGUUAUACAAACUGGCAAUAAAAUAAGAUUUCAUCUGA